UGAUCACACUUGCGGUUUGCAAAACAGAAGACUUGCAUGUUGCUGCAAAACACUCCAAUCAACCUGUCAAUCAAAAACAACAUCGGCGUUACCGCAGCACGAAGCAAGAAAGCCAAAAUGGAAGUUGUUGAAACGUUUUUCGUGAGAAGGCCCACUUCCCUUCCCUUCUAUAGUUCGGGUGUUGUAUCCAGAGAUGAGACACGUUUGUGAGAAUAGCUUUUUCUUUAAACAAAAUCUUUGAGAAAUCAUACAUCCUGUAAGGAGCAGCAGAUUUCCUAUAUAAAGCACAGAUUCUGCUCAAUAAAUCACCAGUCUUCUACAGGACACAAAGUAAACAUGAACAAGUCAGUUAUUCUUCUUUUGCUCGUCGUCGGAAUCCUCGUUCUUACUGACACCACCGCUGCCCUUUAUCGUCGUCGUCGUCGUCGUACCGUCGUCUUACGUCGUCGUCGUUUCGGAUGGUGGAACCAAAGCAUAUAUACUAAAAGCAUUGACACUGGAAUAUGGCCCUAUUGACUACGACAUAACGAGAUUAAUCGUCGUCACGCAUGGUUGCUUAUACAAACUCGCGUUACUAGAGACAGAUCGCCGCAUUCAGUAUUUCGGUAUACAUGCUUUGGUAAAAGUAAAUUGUUUAAUUCGAACUUCGAAGUACUACGAUUGAAGAAAUAUAAACAUAUAUUUAAAAUAUAUUCUACAACGUAGAUAUAGAGUUAAAAAAACAAGGUAAGCGGUUAUAAUAAACAAUGUUUGUAAGCUGCUGAAUGUGAUAAAUUUCAGGUUUUGACCACGUUGUAAGACGUUAUUAAACUGGUAUAAGUCGUUUGAUCUUAGGUAUAGCAUUGUUAUUGUAUUUUAUUAUACAUUUAAUACUAGCACAACACAAAUUAAGUAAUCUAUACCAGAGUCAAUAUGGCGGUAUAGAUAUAGACGAUAUUCUGACUUAUAGGUGAUAACUAAUACGAUGUCCAAGAUCUGCUGCAUCACACAUUGUAAAAGGAGAGCCCCGGGAUUGGUUCAUGUUCCAGCAAAACGAUUCUGUGUCGGUAAAGAAUAUGAAUGGGCAGAUAAACUUGAACGGAUUAUUCUUGGGCUGCGAAGCGAUCCAGGCAUCAAGAAUCUUUACCAGCGUGACACUGUUGCCAUUUGCAAGAAUCAUUUUGCUUCACCAACAGAUUUUCGAAUAGCUCCUGGAGGAUAUGAAACAUUGGCUGUUGGUGCAUUGCCUACCCUAGAUUUGACGCCAAAGAGUAUCCCAUCGACAUCAGCAACAUCCAGACCAGCUCCCAAAGAACGAUUUUACAUUCCAAAAAUUUAUCACAACAGUUAUAAUGUUUUAUUAAAAGCUAUGAAACGAGAAGUUGAGAAAAGAGAAGACUGGCUUAUAGUUGUCAAUGAAGAUUACUUCAAGUUGAUAAAUACACCUAUCGAUGCAAAUACAAACUAUACUGUUCCAAAGUUCACGAUCUUUGUACGAAGCAAUCUACAAACCAAAGUUCAAUACUUUGGUUGGGUGGUUCCUGAUAUAGUUAUUUCAGAAGAUGAGCUUAAAUCUUCAACUCCGUAUGACAUUCUGUCAUAUUGUGGCAAAAAGUUUAUUUGUGACGGCAUUACAGGUGAUGCUGCUUCAAAGCAUAUCGUGCCACAUUGUAUUGGGGUAGUUGUUCCAUCUUGGCCAUUUGAAAAUGAUGCAUCAAGUUUUCCUGAAGCUAAAGUAGUUGCGAAAAGGAAUACGCGACAAUGAGGUGGAUGACUUUUAUCAAACAUUCUGGAAAGAACAGAUUAAACUGAACGAAGUGUCGAAGCAAGGUAGACGGUUUCACCCGGACAUCAUAAAGUUUUGCAUAUUGCUUCAUUCCAAAGGACC